AUAAUUAAAGCUCUGGGUUAAUUUUGGAUGAAAUAAUCAUGAUAUUUUUAAUAAAAAUAUUUAUAUAUAGAUAAUAUAUUUAAAGUCUCCCUACUCUUAUCAACUCAAAUUAUUUUAAAAAUUUUAACUUUUAUAAAACGCAAAAAAAAGGCAAUCUUUUAAAAAAUAAAAAGCUGUACUUAAAUUCUACUCAUAGAAACAGCUGAUUAUGAGCACUAUGAAAUCAAAUAAUUUAGGAAAGUUGGAGGUAAACUUAAUUUUAGGUAUGGAAUUUGAAAGUUUUGCUAACAAUGAUCUUGAGCAAGAACCUACAACGAAUCUUGAUAAUAAAAAUAGUGAUAAAGUGCAAACAUUGAAUCUUAAUGAUAAUAUUGAUGAAAAAACAAUAAAUCCUAUUAAUUCUAAUGACAAAACAUUUGAAAAUUAUAAUCCACUUUUUGAGAAGUAUAAAUCAGUCUCUACCAUAAAAAAAGCUAUGAAAUCAUCCUCAAAAUUUAAUAGGAAGCUUAAUAGACAAAGAAUGGAAGACCGCAAAGCUUAUUUUGAUCUACAAACAAUGGCCAUUCACUAUCCUCAAAAACACAUAGAUGAUUUUAUUAUCCAGCCUCCACCUAAUAGAUUGUACCCAGUUGCAAUUUUACCUUGGCAGUACCAAGAUUGUUAUAAAAAAUAUACACCACAUGAUCUUAAAAGGUUACCUCUCAAUACUCCAACAAGUUUGACAUGUUCUAAAGAUCAAUUAUAUAAUUCAAAUUAUUUACAAAAAUUGGAACAAAAUAAAUUGAAUUUCAAUAUAUUGAUAGAUAGUAACACUCUAACAGAUUAUCAAGCAUUACAAAAUAAUCAAUCUCACCCUCUCGAUAUGAAUCGAACCUAUCAUCAACUCUUAGAUCAAACCAUCGAACAUUCUAAAUUUACUAAUGAUGAAACGGAUACGGUUUCUAUCGAUUCACUACAAAAAUCACAAAUUCUUGGAGAUUGGUGUCAUAUAUGUGGCUUUCCGGCGUUAGCUGAUUCUUUAUUGAAAGGAAGUUUAAUUAGUUGUGCCGAGUGUUUUAAAACGGGUCACCCUUCAUGUUUAGGUCUAACUUCAACAAUGGUCAAUAUUAUUAAUACUUACGCGUGGCAAUGUGUAGAUUGUAAAAAUUGUGCGAAAUGCUUUAAUACUGGGAAUGAAGCUGAAAUGAUGUGCUGUGAUAAAUGUGAUAGAGGCUUCCACUCAUUUUGUGUUGGUAUGGAAACAAUUCCUGAUGGUGAAUGGAUAUGUUUUAAUUGUCUUAAAUCUCAAUGAUUUUUAUUGUUUAUAAAUUUAUAGUAUUAUUUAUAAUCAAAUUUAUUUAUCUGCUAUUUUAAAGGAAUUAAAUGUGCUCGCCAUUUAUAUACGUCGUUUUUACAUGCAUAAUAUGUUAUAUUAAUUUGGAUAUAUUUUAACAUGUGAUUAUAUAUCUGCUCUGGGCUUAACAUAAAUAAAACAUCGGCCCCU